AUGCUCCCCCGCAAGCAGGACUACGGGGUGAAGAGGAGCGGAGGAGCUCGCAGCGGCUCGGUGAUAAACUUCAGGUCCGCGGUGAACUCCGGCUCCGUCCGCCGCAGCUCCGCCGUGCUGCCGUCGGUGCUAACGUUCUUGGUGAUCGUAGCAUCCGGAGGCCUGCUGCUCAUGAUAGAGAAAGGAAUGCUGAACAGCAUGGAGACGCCUCCACCCAGGGGCAGCGGCAGGCGGCUGGACUUCAUGCGGCAGGUCGGGAAGAACAGCCCGGCUGCUGUGGACGUGGAGUCCCAGAUCCUCCAGGAGAUCCGUAACCGGACCAUCAGGACCAUGUGCAGCCAGAAGAACAUGCCCCGCAGCAUCUGGUCCCUGAGCCCCCUGCAGAGGAAGACGCUGCUGCAGCACGUCCUGGUGAACGACCAGUACCACUUCCUCUACUGCUACGUCCCCAAGGUGGCCUGCUCCAACUGGAAGAGGGUGCUGAAGGUUCUGAGCGGAGCUCUGGAAAACGUGGACGUCAACAUCAAGAUGAACCAUCAAAGCGACCUUCUGUUUUUGUCUUCUCUUAAGCCCGAGGAGAUCCGCUACCGCCUCAAGCACUACUUCAAGUUCAUGUUUGUGCGGGAGCCCAUGGAGCGCCUGCUGUCUGCGUACAGGAACAAGUUCGGAGAGAUUCAGUCCUACCAGAAAAAAUACGGUGUGGAGAUCAUAAAGCGCUACAGAAAAGGUCGAGCUAAGGACGCGGCUGUUACGGGAGAUGACGUGACCUUUGCAGAGUUCGUCCAUUACCUGCUGGACGAGGACGUGGAGCGCAUGAAUGAGCACUGGAUGCCAAUGUACAACUUAUGCCAACCCUGUGCUGUGAACUAUGACUUCAUCGGCUCCCACGAGCAGCUCGAGAGCGAUGCAGAGUACGUGCUGCAGCGCAUUGGAGCCCCUCCUUACGUUCGCUUCCCAGAGAGGCAAACGUGGUACAAGCCGGUCACCACGGAGACAUUACACUAUUACCUGUGCAGCUUACCUCAGAAGCUGCUGAGGGAACUGCUGCCCAAAUACAUUUUAGACUUUUCCCUCUUCACGUAUCCUCUCCCCAACACAACCACUGAACACUGCCGGCAUUAACUGUGCAAUGUUUUAUAGCUCUGAGAUUAUUUUUGAUAGAGAUUCAUGUGUGCUAUUUUUUAUUCCUAGGGAACAAACAGUAUUUUGAUAGCUGUUACACAUUUGUACUUGAGCUGUUCGAUUAUCAUUGCAACAUGCUGAUUAUUGGAAGAGACAGAGACUUCAAAACCACUAAAGCUUGAAAUCAGCUGCAGACAAAAGAAAAAAAAAAUCACUGUCCAAUGUUCCUGUCAUGCACUGUUACAGUAACACAACCAAUUCAGUAUACAUUGAUGGAAAUGUAGCAAACAUUGGAUAUUGCUUGUUCGUUCUCAGAGAGGGUAAGGGGUUUAUGUCUUCAGAGGGCAUUUGGUGGUUUAGCAGGCUAAAACACACACCAUGUACUCACAGGGUUGUUGGGUUUUUAUUAAGUCUGUGUUCCUUUUGUUUUAUGUCACAGCCUCUCCUUCGCUCCAGACUGUUCACUUUGUAAUAAAACACAAGUUCAAGUUUUGUGAUAUACAUCAAAGCA